CGCUUUUUCUCAGCUCCAAACGGCCAAAUGAGCGACGCACCGACCAAGCAAGGACCAUCUGCGUUCCUCCGACACAUCAUUGGCAAGCCCGUCGUGGUCAAGCUCAACUCUGGCGUCGAGUACAAGGGACUCCUGGCGUGCCUCGACGGCUACAUGAACAUUGCGCUCGAGCAAACAGAAGAGUACGUCAACGGGCAGCUCAAGAGCAAGUAUGGCGACGCCUUCAUCCGAGGAAACAAUGUUCUUUACAUUAGCGCAAGCAAGAAACGCUCUGCAUGAACGUCCCUGCAUGGAUUGUUUUGGUUCGACAACUUUCAGCCAUCCCGAAAAUGUACAACAUACAGUCGAGCAGAGAUCUACACAAACCAAAAAAACCCAUGCCCUUGCUAUUAUUCACAUCCAGGCAUACAUUGAC